AAACUGGGUCUUACUCCUUGUACUUGGCAACUCCAGUCCGCUCACAACCAGCUUGAGAACAAAGAUGUCUUCACCAUCUCACCCACCGGCUCAGGAAAGACUCUUACCUUCUGGAUUCCCCUGUUAUUCAACAAUGGUGGAAUAACCAUUAUUAUUACCCCGCUUAAUAUCCUCAGCGAGAAGAACCGAGAUGAAGCAAAUGCUUAUGGGUUUCCCGCCCUUGAUAUAUGUGCAGAGACAGCAACAGACGAGGCGUUUAAAGUGAGUCUUCUUGUUGUUAGCCCGGAACGUGUACUUCAAGACGCUCGAUUCAAAAAACUUUGGAAGUGUCGAACGUUUACAGAUAAUCUCUUCAGUAUCGUGUUUGAUGAGGGUCAUUGUAUUAGCGAAUGGGGCAAAGACUUUCGACCGCUGUAUAGUGAGCUGGGGAAUCUUCGAUGGUACCUUCCAGCUCACGUUCGAUUUCACGCCGUGUCUGCGACCAUGCCGCUGCACAUCCUCCUAGACGUCCAAUCAAAACUUCGCAUU